CGAAAAUCGGGUUAUUAUUUAAACCCCACAGAGCUACUAGGGUUUAUUCUUCAUACUGAGUGGGUGCAUUUCGCCGCAGCUAGCUAGAAGCUCAGGAAGAGGAGGAAGAUGUCUCACAGGAAGUUUGAGCACCCCAGACAUGGAUCCCUUGGAUUUCUUCCAAGGAAGCGUGCCGCUCGUCACAGAGGCAAAGUGAAGGCAUUCCCCAAGGAUGACCCAUCCAAACCCUGCAAGCUGACUGCUUUCCUUGGUUACAAGGCCGGGAUGACUCACAUUGUCAGAGAUGUUGAGAAGCCUGGAUCAAAGCUUCACAAGAAGGAGACGUGCGAGGCUGUUACUAUCAUUGAGGCUCCUCCCAUGGUGGUUGUUGGAGUUGUUGGUUAUGUGAAGACACCACGUGGCCUUCGUUCUCUGAACACAGUGUGGGCUCAGCAUCUGAGUGAGGAGGUGAAGAGGAGGUUCUACAAGAACUGGUGCAAGUCCAAGAAGAAGGCUUUCUCAAAGUACUCAAAGAACUAUGAAAGUGAGGAGGGAAAGAAGAGUAUUGAAUCCCAGUUUGAGAAACUUAUCAAGUAUGCUACUGUCAUCCGGGUGUUGGCUCACACUCAGAUUAGGAAGAUGAAGGGAUUGAAACAAAAGAAAGCACAUCUUAUGGAGAUCCAGGUGAAUGGAGGAACCAUUGCCCAGAAAGUUGAAUUUGCCAAAAGCUUCUUUGAGAAGCAGAUCCCUAUUGAUGCUGUUUUCCAGAAGGAUGAAAUGAUUGACAUCAUUGGUGUCACAAAGGGUAAAGGUUAUGAAGGUGUUGUUACUCGUUGGGGUGUUACCCGGCUUCCUCGCAAGACUCAUAGGGGUCUGAGGAAGGUGGCUUGUAUCGGGGCCUGGCAUCCUGCUAGAGUCUCAUUUACAGUUGCCAGGGCUGGUCAGAAUGGAUACCACCACCGGACUGAGAUGAACAAGAAGAUUUAUAAGCUCGGAAAGGCUGGGCAGGAGUCACACACUGCUGUCACUGAGUUUGACAGGACCGAGAAAGACAUCACUCCCAUUGGUGGCUUCCCUCACUAUGGUGUGGUGAAGGAUGACUACAUUCUGAUCAAGGGAUGCUGUGUUGGACCUAAGAAGAGGGUCGUCACUCUUCGCCAGUCCCUUCUCAAGCAGACCUCUCGUCUUGCUCUCGAGGAUAUCAAGCUCAAGUUCAUCGAUACCUCCUCAAAGUUUGGCCAUGGUCGCUUCCAGACAACACAGGAGAAACAGAAGUACUACGGACGUCUCAAGGCAUAAGGAUGAGAACUCCCCAAGAGUUAAUAGCUAUCGAAGUAGUAGUCGAGUUUUUAGUUUCUAUGCAAAAGACAGUAAGUUGCAACAAUUCUGUUUUUCAUGGUUUGUUUUGGUUUGAAUUGCCGAGGAUGUUGAACGGUGAGGAUUAAGUUUUGUUUUCUUCGAAGUACUUGAAUAUUUGAUGGUUAUUUUUAGAAUUACUACUUUUGAACCUGUUUU